CCCCCGGCGCCGCUUCCGGUGGGGGCCCCGCCUCGCAGCCCCCGCCGCCGCUGCCGCCUGCGGGGCUGGAGGAGGAGGCGGAGGCGGAGGCGCCAGAUCUGGAACUGCAGCGGUGGCGGCAGUGGCGUCUGGAGCGGGGACCAGAGCGGCGGCGGGGCCGGACCGGGCUGGGGCCAGAGCCGCCUAAGCCAUUGUUGAGACCUGAAGGGUCCAGUGUGGAUCCCGUGUGCCUACUUGGCAGGACCCAUCUUCCUAGCCAUGCCAACCGGCGGAUGAGACUUGAGGCUGUGAUGGAGCAGCUGCAGAAGCAUCAGAAGCAGCAGCAGCAGCAGCAGCAGCAUCCAGCCCCUAUACAGAUGGAAUCCAGGGAAAGGCAGGAGCGGCAGAUGAGAGAAGCCCAGCUCCUGUAUGCUCAGCAGCUAGCAUCCCAGCAGGCCAAUCUCACCCCUCCAUCAAGCAAGGCUUCUGGGAAUCCUGCUCUGGGGCCACUGGCCAGAGCACCACCAGGAAUGGCAGCUUCUCGGAGUGUGAACUCGGAACCUGAUGAAGAAGAGGAAGGAGUACUGGAAGAUGAGGAAGGAGAUGGGGAAGAAGCAGAGAUCAUUGAGAAAGAAGCCCAACAUUCUUCCAAAUAUUUCCAUGUGCAGAAAGUGACUCGUCAUGACCCCAGACCUACCUCCAUGUUGAAUCCUCCUCUUCCAGCAUCAGGGCUGCAGAGGGGGCUACAGAUCAAAGAUGAUCAUGCCAGAGAUGCUUCUAAAGGCUCACCUUCAGUCCCAGCAUCUGGGCACCCAAAUUGGAACCUGGAAGAGCAGCUCAAGCAGAAUGGUGGUUUGACCUGGAGUGAUGAUGCUGAUGGAGGACGGGGAAGAGAGAUCUCUCGAGAUUUUGCUAAGUUGUAUGAACUGGACAGUGACCCUGAAAGGAAAGAAUUCCUGGAUGACCUUUUUAUCUUCAUGCAGAAGCGAGGGACUCCGAUCAACCGGAUCCCCAUCAUGGCCAAGCAGAUCCUGGAUCUCUACAUGCUCUACAAACUGGUGACAGAAAAGGGGGGGCUGGUGGAGAUCAUCAACAAGAAGAUUUGGAGGGAGAUCACCAAAGGCCUCAACCUGCCCACGUCUAUCACCAGCGCAGCCUUCACGCUGCGCACCCAGUACAUGAAGUACUUGUACGCCUAUGAAUGUGAGAAGAAAGCGCUGAGCUCCCCCGCUGAGCUCCAGGCUGCCAUCGACGGCAACCGGCGGGAGGGCCGUCGGCCCAGCUACAGCUCCUCCCUUUUCAGCUACUCCCCCACCACCCCUGGUGGGCCCACCUCCCUGCUCUCCCCCCCCAAGAUCCGAUUCCCCAUCCUCGGCCUCACCCCCAGCGGCAGUGGUGGAAGCAACAGUCCUCGGCUACCGCCAGCUGCGACACUCAGGAAAGCAGGUGAUGGAGUCACCAUGUCGGUGCCCAUGCCCAACCGGCUGGCUGUGCCAGUGACCUUGGCGGGAGGCCAGCAGGCAGGCACCCGCACCAGUACGCUGGAGCAGCUGCGCGAGCGGCUGGAGGCCGGGGAGCCUCCUGAGAAGAAGGUGUCGAGGAUGACCGAGGAGGAGCAGCGGUUUGUGCAGCAGGCUUUCCACCGAAACCUGCUCAGCGUGGCCCGGCAGCUCCCCAUGAAAGUAAAAAUCAACGGCAGGGCAGAAGAUCGCUCUGAGGCAGCCGCCGCGCUGAACUUGUCCACGAGUGGCAUUGGCAGCAUUAACAUGUCUGUGGAGAUCAAUGGCACCAUCUAUGCAGGUGUGCUGUUUGCCCAGAAGCCUGUGGUCCACCUCAUCGCCAGCCCAGCCCCUCAGAGCACCUGUAGCAGCAGCAGCAGUGUUAGCUCCCACUGCUCCCCAAGUCCUACCUCAUCUCGGGGCACCCCCAGUGCAGAGCCCUCAACCAGCUGGGCCCUCUGAUGAAUCAGGAGGCCCAGCUUCCACCUCAAGAGCCAGGAAAGGAGUUGAACAGUUUUUACCUCAUCACCCGGCCCCCACUUCCCAGACCCCCCGGCCGGACAGCGAGGGCCCUGCCCGUCUGUCCAGCGGCCAUUCCAGCCCUGCUGCGCCCCUGGGGAGGGAAGGAGCUGGAGGGGAGGGGAGGGCAGUGCUUGUCUUGGGUGACGGGGAGGGGGCGGUCGCUGAGGGCCUGGCGUCUCCCAGCCUGGAGCAGCACAGUGUAUCGACAAUCUGAGAGCCGGCCGGGGGUGGGCUUCCCCUUCCUAACCUUCCCCUUAAUUUAUUUCCCAUGAUCGUCACCCCAUUGCCACCGACUCAUCCUGCCAGCUCUGUCCUUAAGCUUCCUUCCUCCCCCAAAUCAGUGGGAAAGAUGAUCUCGAAGGGUGCUUCUGCGUGUGAGCAGCCCGGGGUCCCCAGGACGCCGGGGGUGCUGCCUGCACACACGAUGGGAGCCCCAAAGCACUGCUGAGUAUCUCCUAAGGGGAGGGGAUCGCUUCUCAGGGUCUUGUCCAGUCCAGCGUCACCCAAGGGUACUCCCCCCAGCCUGUCCCCAGGAAAAUUGCCCUUUCCUGAUCCCUGUCCCCCCGGCCCUUCCAGCCCGCCCUCCCCACGCUCCUCCGGCCAGGCCAUCCCUCCUCCCUCCCCCUCCCCCUCCCUCCAUCUCUAGGGGCCAACUCAGCACCCCCCUCCCUAGACCCCCUAACCUGCCUGUAUCGGGUUCUUUGAAAUACCUCAGAUUUGUAAUUGUUGAUGUUUGAUUCUUCAGGAAGUAUUUGCAUCUCUGAAAUCUUUUUAUAUGUGUUUUGCUGACUUUGUUUUUUAUUUUUAUUAUAAUAAUAAUUAUUAUUGUAGCACCAAAGAUGAAAAAAAGCAUCCCCCCCAAAGCUGAGCAAAGCGCUUGGUAUCCCAACCCUGAUGGCCCUUCCCUCGGACCCCGAAGAAGGGGGCGGGGAAGGCACGAGGCAGAUGACUCAGGGAUAGGAGCCGGAGAGGAGGCGGCGGCUCAGACUCGCUCUUCGUGCCAGCUGGGGUUUCCGGACUCUCCCCAGGAGAUCGAGGCCUCCUUUCCUGCCAAAACGGGGCUCGUCACAACUCUUCCCCGACCCCAGCACGUGCCCCCUGGAUCCCCGUGAAGCCGCUGCCUGGAGCCGGGACUGGGUCUUUGAGCGGCCCAGCACUCGCCUCCUGCCCCGCCACCGUCAGCACCGUGCUGUUCUCGGGGCCACCCGGCGGCCUCGCCUCCUUUGGGCAGCCGGGGGUCCCCCUGGAGGCAGAGACCAGCAUCGCCGAGGCAGGCGGGCCCCCGGCCUCGUCACCAGCGUGUUCUUCUCGGGUUCGCCCGCACAGGGUGGACUUGGCGCCUGGAGGAAGCAGAAAUGGCCCACGAUGCCGCUCGGUUGCUCGGUCCCUCCCGUAGAGCCAGCCUGGCCUCCCGGGAUCGGGCACCUCCGGAGGUCCCCUCGGCUUCCCGGCCCAGGCAAACGCUUGGCAGCGCACCAAAGGAGGAGGCCCGGCGAGGGCCCGGCUCCGGAGUCUGCUUCCCACAAGGGACCUUUUUAACCCCGGUGAGGGCAGCCUCGCUCCCUCCUUCUCCCUCCCCCAUCGUAUGUAUUCUAACCGAAGAAAUGUGAUAGCACACGGGUAGGCUAGGCGGUGGAUGAGUACCUCAGAUGUCCUCUCAGCACGGGUCUGUACGUCGUCGUUUUCUAUCUUACGCGCUCUCCAUGUUUGUACUCCAAUAAACCUCUACCUCUUCA